AUGCUAUACGAUCACCAAGGCAGAAACGACAAGAUGAGUGACAUUGCAAUCGUUGGAUACUCGUUCAAGCUCCCGCAAGGUGCUGAGGAUGACGAUGUUUUCUGGGAUGUCCUCGAGAACCGACGAAACCUGAUGACAGAGUGGCCUGAAAGCCGUGUCAAGACAGAUUCGUUUGCCAAUAACAAGCAUCAGAAGUGGAAUGGAAAGGGAGGGCAUUUCAUCAGCGAUGAUGCCGCCGCCUUCGACGCCCCCUUCUUCUCACUCACGGCAAAAGAAGCUUCGGCGAUGGAUCCAAUGCAGCGCUGGACGCUGGAAGCUACCUACCACGCUUUUGAGAAUGCGGGGCUACCAGUUGAGAGUCUGAAGGGCUCUCGCACUGCUGUCUUUUCAGCCUCCAUGCUGGAGGACUACAGCAGGAUGACGAUUGUGGACCCAGAUAACCUGGAGAGAACGGCUGUAACUGGAAGUACUGUCUCGUGCAUCAUUCCUAACCGUGUCAGCUGGUACUUUGAUCUGCGUGGGCCGAGCAUUCAUGUCAACACUGCUUGUUCGAGUAGCUUGUCGGCUGUUGAUAUGGCUUGUAAAGCUCUGAAGAGCGGUGAUGCCUCAUCUGCCGUCGUGACUGGGGCAAAUCUUCUUCUUGACCCGAGCAUCUUCCAGGUUCUGGCUAACCAAAGAUUUCUCUCGCCUGAUGGUGUUUGCUACAGCUUCGAUGAGCGGGCCAACGGUUAUGCACGUGGUGAAGGAGUUAUUGCUGUGGUUCUGAAGCCUGUACAAGCUGCGAUUGAGAAUGGUGAUAUGGUUCGAGCUGUGAUUCGGUCCAUUGGCUCGAAUCAGGAUGGUCAUACCCCGAUUCUUACACAGCCCAGUUCGCAAUCCCAGGAGGAGCUGAUUCGCCACGUUUAUGGGCAGGCAGGUCUGUCAAUGAGCGAUACUCGCUACGUGGAAGCUCACGGCACUGGUACACCUGUCGGCGACCCAAUUGAGGUGGAGGCCAUCGGGCGGUGCUUUCAAGCGCACCGUUCACCUUCGGAACCACUCUAUGUCGGCUCGGUGAAGGCAAACAUAGGGCAUCUUGAAGGGGCCAGUGCACUUGCAAGUCUGGUCAAAUGCGUCUUGAUCCUCGAGAAAGGAGUCAUCCCUCCCAACGCGCUUCUUCAGAAGACUAAUACAGCACUUAAAGCAGACUCAUACAACAUUACGGUACCAACGAAAAGCAUCGAGUGGCCUACCGAAGGCCUUCGCCGAGUAUCUCUCAACUCUUUCGGGUUCGGCGGUUCAAACUCGCAUGUUAUUAUUGACGAUGCACUUCACUACUUAAAAGAUCGAAGUCUGAGUGGUGUCCAUAACACGAGCCUCACCCCAAGGCCUGUAACAAACGGUUCAGGUGUCACCAUCAAUGGAAAUGGCGCGGCUCAAACCAAUGGCACCAACGAGACUAACGGCGUAGCAAAUGGCCAUCCGGAUGUCGAGCUGCCCAAGCUUCUCGUAUGGACCGCUGCCGACGAAAAGGCAGCCAAGCGCACUAUCGAAGCUUACCACAGCUUUUACAAAGAGAAGGUAUGGGGAAAUCAUAAGAAGCUCGACUAUUUGGCAUCUACUCUCGGUACACGCCGUAGUAACAUGCUUUGGAGAGUUUCUACUGUGGUUGACGGAUUGACAGCGCAAGCACUGUCGAAUUUGAAGCCAAUUCGAAGCUCAGAGGACCUUGGCCUGGCUUUUGUGUUCACCGGUCAAGGCGCGCAAUACAUCAACAUGGGCUUGGGUCUGGAGCAAUAUCCUGUUUACAGGGAGACCCUGGAGAACAUCAACGAGAUCUACUCCAGCUUCGGGUGCUCUUGGAACUUAUUUGACGAGUUGAGCUGCGGCGAGAACAUCAACAUGCCGCAAUAUAGCCAGCCACUCGCAACAGCUAUACAGAUUGCCUUGGUCGACCUCCUCGCAAGUUUCGGUAUCACUCCCAAGGUAGUUAUUGGCCAUUCUUCAGGUGAGAUCGCCGCAGCAUAUGCAUCAGGUGGGCUAUCUCUAGAGUCCGCUUGCAGAGUGUCCUACUUCCGUGGUCUUUUGGCUGGAAGGCUAAGGGAGGCCAACACAUCAUCUCCAGGCGCCAUGCUGUCCAUUAACUUGGCACCGCAUCACGUCCCGGAUUAUCUGGACAAAACACGCAUCACUACCGUCAACGUUGCAUGCAUUAACAGUCCGCUCAAUGUCACGCUAUCGGGGCCUGAAGACGCCAUCGACAAGGCCAAGUCCCAGGCUGAUCAGGAUGGUAUCUUUGCGCAGAAGCUCAAGACCGAAGUUGCAUAUCACUCACAAUCCAUGAAGGCCAUCGCGAGCGAGUACCUUGCUGCACUUGGAGGGCUCACUAAGAGAAAGGAUGGUGCUAGCAUCCCAAUGGUCUCGUCUGUCACCGGUAAAAGCAUAUCUCCAGAGACACUAUCGACUGGUCAAUACUGGGUCGACAAUAUGCUAUCAUCUGUCCGAUUCGCUGAGGUAGUGCAGGUCAUUGCAAACAAGACCUCAGCCCGCAAACUUGGCUUGGGCAACAUCACUGAUCUCGUCGAGAUUGGUCCUCAUCCAGCUCUUCGAAGGCCCGUGAAAGACACCAUUGAUGAGCUGGCUAGUGCGGCAAAGGGAGUAAGAUACACCUUUGUCUUGCAUAGAUCUCACCCAGCACCGCAGACCACUCUAGACCUUGCUGGACAACUAUUCUGCCAAGGUUACCCCGUGUCCAUCUCAGCAGUGAACCAGCAAGACACGGCGGAAAGGUUUCUGGUUGACUGUCCAAAGUAUCCGUUCGACAGAUCACAGCGAUACUGGGUUGAGUCGCGUCUAAGCAGAGAUUUUAGGCUGCGGGAGGCUGUGAAGGGCGAGUUACUGGGAGUCAGGGUAUCCGAUUGGAACCCACUGGAGCCUCGAUGGAGAAAUUUCUGGAGCGUCGACUCGACUUCAUGGACUGGAGGUCACAAGAUCAGCGACACUGUCCUGUUUCCAGCAUCUGGCAUGCUUCUCAUGGCUAUCGAGGCCGCUCAAGAGAUGGUUCCAUCAGAGCGUGCUGUCAUUGGGUACAAUAUUGAGAAAGCUGAGUUUUUAAACCCCAUAAUCGUGCCAGAGACUUGGGAAGAUCGCCUCGAGACGCAAAUCCGCCUGCGAGUUGUCGACAAACAGCAGAAGACAAGGUAUGAUGUUAGUAUCUUCACGUACUCGCGCAAUGAGUGGGUUGAGUGCUUCAAUGCAAGCAUUUCGGUCGAGUAUCAGGACACCGACAGGAACGGAGAGCGACGAGUGAACCACGAGCACAUCCGGAGUCAGUAUCAGAGUGUAGCUCAAACGUGUACUUCGCCUAUCGACUCUCGUGUCUUCUACCAUGAUGCAGCAGCGGUUGGACUGCAAUACGGUGAUUGGUUCCAGCUCAUGCGCAACAUCAAGUGGGAUGGUAAGACCUCAGCUGUGGCCAGUGUUGAUCUGUCACAGUCGAAGUUCAACAUCAAGAGCCUUGUUCAUCCGGCAGUCCUGGACCAAGCCUUUCAAGUUCUUCGAGCCAGCUCAGGCCAACAACCCGCAGCCAAUGUCCCCGUAAGACUCGAAAAUGCAUGGUUCUCCUCCAAAGUAUGGACGACAUCUUCGGUUCAGUGGAUCUCUGAAGCGACGCCAACUGUCCAUGGCUACGGGGAACAGGGCAAGGUGGUUGCUUUGAGUGAGGAUGGAGAAGUCCUCUGCUGUAUUGGACGUGCACUUACAUCAGCUGUCUCGGGCGGAAUGACCCAAAAGGAAAAGAAGCUGGUCUACUCCAUUGAGUGGAAACCGCAGUUUAGCAUGCUUGACUCCGCCCGACUCACACGACUAUGCGCCGCUAAUGCUGUGCCGAAAGACGAUAGCGCUGUCCUGGAGAAUCACUCGAAGCUCUGCCAUACACUGGAGAUCGUUGCUGCUCGUGUACUGAAGCAUAUCGACAACUCUAAAAUUCCGGCCGAGUUGCAACGCCAUGUCGAGUGGAUGGAGCACCACGUUAGCAAGCUAUCCGCCGAUCAUCAGGAUGAAGCAACGAAGAUCAGUGACGAGGAGCUCGAGUCUCGCCUGGCGGAGGUUGACUCUGUCCUCCCAGCGUGGAAGCUAUACACGACGUGUGCACGAAAGCUACCCGAGAUUCUGUCCGGAGAGCUAGACCCUCUACAGGUCGUCUUUGAGUCUGACCAGGCCGAUAUCUUCUACUCCGAUCUCUUCAGGAACCUCUGCGCAGAUGGUCAACUCAACUAUCUACUUGACUUGGCGUCACACGAGAACCCAGCUCUGAGAGUUUUAGAAGUCGGUGCUGGCACAGGUGGUAUGACGGGACAUGUCAUUUCGGCUCUACAAGAACGUGAGAAGCGGACUGGAGGACUGGCGUUCUCAGAGUAUACAUACAGCGACAUAUCGCCCGCCUUCUUCGAUGCUGCGAGCCAGAGGUGGCCAGACCUCAAAGCGCAAGACCGCAUCACUUUCAAGACACUCGAUCUCGACCGUAGUAUCGACAGUCAAGGCUUUGAGCCUGGGUCUUAUGACUUGGUCAUCGCAGCGAGUGUGCUCCACGCAACUCCAUACCUAGAGGCCACUAUACGCAAUGUUCGCAAGGCUCUGAAGCCAAUUGGUCGCCUCAUCCUCCUCGAGGUUAUCAACCCCGAUGAUAUCGCCACCAACUUCAUGGCUGGUCUUGUUCCAGGUUGGUGGGUUGCUCGCGAGGAGUGGAGACCCCAUUCUGCGGCUAUACCAGAGCAUCUUUGGGAUAAGUGCCUCAGGAACAAUGGCUUCUCAGGGAAUGACCUGGUGAUUCGAGACUACCAAGAUGAUCAGUGUCACAUUAUGAGUGUUAUUGUCACCACAGCCAGUGAACCUGAGCAGAAGACUGAGAAAAUGGUGGGCAAAGGCCGUUUGGUGAUGCUCAUCAGCGAAGAGGCUUCAACGAAAGAUAGGGAGCUUGCAGACCAGGUUCGCGCACGGGUUGAUCCCAAACUAGAGCAGCUUACAACAAUCCUUCCAUUCUCGCGAGGCCCAGUUCAGAAAGAGCUCGCCAAUCUGACAAGUAAUGAUCUUGUCGUCUGCCUCGCUGAAGCUGGAGACAAACCUCUUCUCUCAGCUCUCUCGGAAGAACAGUUCAGAAGCCUCCAGUUCUUGAUCAGCAGAGUCUCCAACCUCCUAUGGGUCAUGUCACCAAACAACUGUAGCACAGAGUGUCCAGACUAUAGUGUCGCUCAGGGCUUCUUCCGUUCCAUCCGCGCUGAGCAGCCUGAAACUCAUAUCGUCACACUAGCAAUAGACGGAGAGAUGGCUCAAGCUUCACAGGCAAGCUUCAUCUCAGAGGUCUACAAGGCAGCAUUCGAGACUGAAACGCCGUCGAAGGAAGUCGAGUACAUCAUUCGAGAUGGUGUCAUAACGACAGGGCGCGCAAUUCGAGACAUGGAUACUGAUACCGCACUACGAUCCCUUGUUUCGAAACAGCUGCAACAGAAAUCCUGGAGCGAGGGGCCAGCGUUGAAACUUGGUAUGAGGCAGCCAGGAUCACUUGACUCACUUCAGUUUGUGGAAGACCAAUCGCAUGCUGCGGAACUCGGUCCUCGCGAUGUCGAGAUCGAAGCAAUGGCCUGGGGUCUAACCUCUCGCGAUCUCGAUAUUUCCCUUGGUCACCCUGACAAGCGAACCGAGGAGUUCGGCAGUGGCUGCGUUGGUGUUAUCACUCGUAUUGGGAAGAAGUGCAGUAAUACCAUUCGUGUAGGAGAUCGCGUCGCUAUGGUUUCUCCUGGUUGCAUGAGGAAGUAUCCUCGCGCCAACGAAGUCUGCGUUUUCAAGAUUCCCGAUUCGCUCAGCUUCAAAGAUGCGGUCUCGCUCACACUUCCCAGCUUGACUGCAUGCCAUUCUGUUCUCAAUGUUGCUCGGAUACAAGAGAAUGACAAAGUCUUGAUUCACUCGGCUGCGGACAGUGCAGGUCAGAUUGCAAUCAGGCUUGCCCAGACGCUGGGUGCUCAAGUGUUUGCUACUCUGCCGACAGCGGCUGAGAAGCAAUCCAUAAUUGACACCUUGGGUCUGAGUGUAGAACAUAUCUUUAACAGCAACUCCCCAUCUCUUGCUGAUGAUAUCAAGAGAGUCACUGGAGGAGAAGGUGUUGAUUUGUUGCUCCACUGUUCCCAGGACACACUACGCACAUUACUGUCUUGCGUUACUGAUGGGGGACGUGUCGUUAGCCUUCAUAUUCGGGAUAAUUCAGAAAGCUCUACCGUGGCCGUCGAGAUCUUGUCAAGAAAUCUCACCUUUUCGUCCAUUGACAUGUUGCGUCUGAAGCCCAAGGUACUGCGCCAGCUAGCAGAAACGAUGAUGCAGCUCCAAGCGGAGGAUAAGAUCCAACCACCCCAGCCUUUGCCAGCCUUUAAGAUAUCCGAUAUUAAAGACGGCUUCAAGCAACUGCAACAAGAGAAUACCGUUGAGCGUGUGAUAGUAACUGCAGAACCAGGAGAUGUAGUUCCGCAAUUUGUUCAAGACCGCCGCCCAUGGACGUUCGAUGGCGACUCUACCUAUUUAGUAGCUGGUGGAUCUGGAGGUCUCGGUCGAGCCAUUAUCAGAUGGAUGGCUGAUAGGGGCGCCAAGCACCUUAUUGUCCCGUCUCGAUCUGGAGCAACAUCUCAAGCAGCAGCUCAUUUGGUGACAGAGCUGACAUCCCGCGGAGUCAACAUCGUUGCUCCAAAGUGCGAUGUGUCUGUCCGAGAAGAUGUGGCACUCAUGCUGGAAGAAUGCUCUCAGACCAUGCCCCCUAUCAAGGGCUGCAUCAACGCCGCAAUGGUUCUGCAAGACGCCAUCUUUCAGAGUAACAUGACAUUCCAGCAGUGGAACCUCACAAUGCGGUCCAAGAUCAACACCUCCAAGAACUUGCAUGAACUUCUGCCCAAGGACCUCAACUUCUUCAUCCUCCUGUCCUCUCUGGCUGGUGUCGUUGGUCAGAUGGCCAGUGCAAACUAUGCCGGUGGCUGCGCAUACCAAGAUGCCCUGGCCAAAUGUCGUCGAGCGCAGGGACUGAAUGCACUGUCUCUUGAUAUCGGAUGGAUGAGCAACAUUGGCAUCAUUGCUGAGAAAGAGGAAUAUCAGCGUCAGAGACAGACCUCAAACGAUAUGCAGCCCAUCGACGACAUAGAGUUAUUGGCUUUGCUGAAUUUGUGUUGCGAUCCGAAUAAUCCAAUGGAGUUACCGCCAUUGUCUGAGGGACAAGUUCUCUUUGGUCUACGAACUCCUGCGGAUAUCCUGAGUGAAGGCCAGCAACCACCAGCUCUACUCGAACGACCUCUCCUCAAUGCAUUCUCAUUCUUAGCAAGCAGCAGCAAUACUCCAGAUCAAGCAGUUGACCACUCUGAGAACGCGAGAGAUACUUUCCAAAAGUCUUCAGAUACUAGAGAGCGACAGCAAGUUGUUAUACGUGCCAUAGCUGCCAAGCUUGCGCGAGCCAUGUCCAUCUCGCCUGAUGACGUUGAGCCAAGUAAACCACUGUCGUUGUAUGGAGUAGACUCACUGAUGGCGGUCGAGUUGAGGAAUUGGAUCAACAAGGAAUUUAUCUCUACGGUGGCCGUGUUUGAUAUUAUUGGCAGUACGUCUAUCGCUGGGAUUGCAGAGGUCGUCGAGACGCGAAGCUCGAUUCAAAGAGCCCCUUCGAUUUAG